AAUCCCGUUAUUGGAAUAGGUGAGGCAGUCAUCGGUGGUGGAGAAAACAAGCUGCACAAGAAGAACCCAGUGGCCCACGAUGGGAAAAAUCGCAGAGCUCUUGGUUAUAUUGGGAAUAUGGUACCUGCUGCUAGAGGAGGAGUUGAAGGCAAACCUAAUCGCCCCAUGACAAGAGUUUUUAUGCGUAAUUAUUUGCUAACGAUGAAGUCGCUAGAGUUGCUGAGAAGAACAAGUAUGCUCUUUUCAAACUAUGCUAUGCAGAAACAGAUGGUAGUUCCUGAUGAUGGGAGAAGAAUUGAGGCACUAGAGGCCAACAAAAUUAAUAAGAUCGUUAAUGUUAAGCCUAAGCCCAUAGAGGUGAUUAAUCUAUCCUCAAACACAGAGAAAGUCAAGAAGAAGCCUGAGAAGCCUUUGAACAACAUGGAAAAAGAAGUAGAAGUUGGGGGAGGGGCCUUAAGAAAGAAAGCACCAACACUUACUUCAGUUCUUAUUGCUAGAAGCAAGGUAUAUUUGAGCUUUCCCUUCUUUUCACAAUUAUUUGGUCGUAUACGUUGAUUAUAGUAGUUUUGAGAAAGCCAAAUUAUGAAUUCUACAUGUGAUCAAUAGUUUGUAUAAUUUAUUGGUUUCUACUUGGUUUGACUUCUAAGUUCUAAUUUGUUCUUAUUUAUAGGCGCAGAUAGUUGACAUAGAUGCAACAGAUGUAGACAACAAGUUGGAAAGACAAAAAUCUAUACGGUGGUAUGAGAAUUUCCUGAUGACUGCAUAGCGUAAUUGGAUGCUAUUUACAUCACCUUUCUUUUCUUGCAGCUUUAGUUGCAUUCAUCAUUUAUUACUUGUGUAGUAUCAUUAUUCUAUAUUUUAGUUAGGGAAUACUAGCAUAUUAUAGUGAGACUUCAUAGGUUGGUUUCUCCACACAUCCUUUCCUUCAUCUGAAAUUCAUAGGACACUGCCAUCUCAAUCCGAGCUCCUAAGAUUUGUUCUUGCUGUUGAUUCGGUUGGGUAAGUAAAGUUGUAUUAUAGCAUCAUAAUCUAAAUAACUUGUAAAUAAUCUUCUAUGAUACUCCUACAAUUACAAUAUGUUACUUAAAUUAUUAAUGAUGUCUUGGGGAAACAAUAUUGUUUUAGUAGCCAUAGGUGAUAUGCCACCCUAUUUUUGAAGUCACUCGUAGUCUUGAGCAGUGUCUUUACCUUCUAUCCCCAUAUAGGAUGGUCAAUUUGAUAGUCUUUCUAUCUUGUAUUAAAAUUUAUCAGCAAUUAGUAAUUAUAUAUUGACUUGAGAUCAAACCAUAGCAAGACCAAAAGGUGCUUUCUAGCUAGUGUAAUUGAUUGAAGGGGUAACUUUUUGCCAUAUACUUGCUCACUUUUUGUAAAGAUUUAUGUUGUUUAUGGGUGCCGAAACCAUCUUAAUGUUAUAAUCUUGAGAUCAUAAGAAUUUUAAUUGGUGGAUUCUUGAGCUUCCAGUUUUCAUACACACGAUUAUGCAAGGCAUUUUGUGAGUGCUUGUACUCAUAUACUUGGGCUAGAGGGUACACCUGAAGGAGUAGAGGACCAAGGAAAGCUUACUCGAGUUGCAGUGGUAUAAAUUUGGAAGCCUUUCCCAUCAUUCUUUUAUUGCCACAUAGUACAUACAAACAUAUUCAUUUGCACAUUGAUGUAGUGUACAUUUUUUCUGUUUAUCUAUUAUUACAUGUACUUGUUUGAAAUUUAUUUAUUUCAAGCUUAAUUUUUUCACUUGAUUAUUUAUUGUGAUGCUGGCAUUCCUUUUCUCCUUUCUCAUUUGGAGGUGGAACUACAGUUUCGUAUUGGCAUAGACUCUGACCGGUUUGUUCGAGCUUUGGAAAUUCCUGAAGUCCAGGAACACAUGAAAGAACUGAAAGAAAGAUUUGCUGGCAGGAAGGUAGACUAGCUGUAACUUUUGGUUUUAUCUCAUUAGCAAUAUAUGCGUUUGGCUUAAAAUAUAUGCCUAUUUUUUUUUAAGUCUAUCUGUAGUUUCUUGUCUAAUGUUAUUUCAAUCAUAUGACUAUCAUUAAAUUUAUCUCAUCUUGAUCAAUUUUUAAAUAAUACAGUUGUUUAUUAUUGUAUAAUACAGAUCAAAAGCUUACAAGACAAGUUCAUGAGAUUGUGGGACACAUUAAUGGGAGAUUCGAAACUCUAACUGCUGUUCCCAUACACCAUCUGGUUUGUCUUUUUUU